AUGUUAAACAAAAACGGAACAUACACAAAAUCAAAAUAUAGUUCAUCAAUGAGUGUAUCAAGUAUGGAUAAUAGAGUCAGAUACUCUUAAGCUCCUGAGUAAUUAGGGAAAAGAGCAAAAUUACCACUUGAUAUUACAAUGUUUGUAAUGGCUGUAGAGGUUGAGAGAUUAUAAAGAGAAAAUGCUUAAUUGAAAUCAGAGCUACAAUCAAAUAGUGAUUCUAAUUUGGAUAGAGUUUAAUAUGAAAGUUAGAUAAGGGAUUUGAUGGAAAAGAUAAGAGUGUAAAACAGGUAAUCAUUUGAUGUGACUAUUAUACUUAGUUCUUAGAGUAGUUUAUUGAUUGAUAUAGAAAAAUUACAAAAAACAGUAUAGGAUUUGGAGGAUCAACUUAGAAGAUAAUAGUAAUCAUAAAAAGAAUAUGAUCCAAAUUGGAGAGCAAAAUUGAGUCAAGCUGAACUUUAAUUGGCAGCAUUUUAGAAGUAAUUUAACUAAUAAGUAAAUCUAUUUGGUGGGUAAAGUGCAGAUUAAGUGAUGAGAGAGUUAGAAGAAUUAAGGAGGAAAAAAUAGUAAUUUGAAGAUUUUUCAAGAUAAAUGAAUGGAAGGAAUGUCAGUAAUAAAAGUAAAUUAAAAUAGAUGAAUUGUUGAGAGAAUUAGAUGAUUUAAGGAGAAAAUAGACAUCCUUUGAAGAUACCAGUGCAUUAAGAUAAUAAUUAUAGUAAUCUUAAAAUCGUGUUAGAUAAUUAGAAUAAAAACUAUCAGAAAUGGAUUAAUAUAUUAAUACAAUAGAAUCUGAUUUGAAUAGAUUUGAAUCUGAAAAUAAGAGAUUAACAAUAAGUAUGUCUUCAAAAAUUUAAAGUGAGAAUAAUGAAACAACUUUAUUAAGGAAUGAAAUAACUAAACUAAAUAAUGAAAUAAGUAAAUUAUGGUCAGACAAUGAGACUCUUGUUCUAGAAAUAGAUUAAUUAUAGAUGAAACUAAGAACAUUAAGUGAAGAUGAAUUGAGAAGAUUAAGAAAUGAAAUUACUAGAUUAUAAGAGUAAAAUAAUCAAUUAGAAUCUUAAAUUAUACGUUUAUAAUCUUAAAACUAAUCUUUGAUGUCAGAAAUAUCUCAACUUAAUAUGACAAUAGAGUAAAAUCAAUAUGCUAUUAGUGAUGCAAAUAAAUAGAAAUAUAUCUUUGAAGAAUAUAAAGAAAAGAUAAGAUAAUUUGAAUUGAAAUUUUAAGAACUUUAAUUAUAAAAUGAAAGAUUAAGAUAAUAAGAUCAUAAAGUAGCUGUUCUAACAACUGAAAUAGAAAGAUUGAAUAAUUUAAUUAAAUAAUUAAAUACUGAUACAGAUGAAUGGAAAUAAAAGUAUUAAAGAAUAGAAUUAGCAUUGAUGGAUUAUAGAUAAAUAGAAAAAACAAAUAGAGAUGCAGUUACUAAAAAUGAAUUACUUUUAGAUGAAAUUGAAAGAUUAAAAAAAAUAUUAGAAUAAAAGUAAUAUGAUAUGGAUCAAUUAAUGAAAUAGUAUGAUGUCAUUUAAUCUCAAAUCAGUACUUAUCAAAUUAAUGCAAAUGCUAGUGUUAGUAGAAUCUAAGAAUAUGAAUCAACAUAAAGAGAAACAUCUACAAUUUUAUAGGAUAAUGAAAGAUUAAAGAGAUAACUUUAAUAAUUUCAAUAAUAGAUUUCUACUCUUUAAAUAUAAGUUUAAGAAUAAACUACAAAGAAUCAAUAAUUAAUAACUUAACAAUAGUAAUCAUAUAUGAUUAAUAAUAAUAAUACAGAAAUAGAUAAAUUAAAAAGAUAGAUACAUGAAUAUGAGAAUAAAAUUGCAAUGUUAUCUCUUGAACUUACUAGAGUUAGAAAUACUAAGUAGAAUUCAAAUUCAUUUGAUAAAUCUGAUAAAGUUAUGGAACUCUUAACAACAAUUGUUAUUAUGUCUGCUGAACUUGACAAUCUUAGAGGAAUUACAUAUGAAAAAAGUACUGUGUAAUCAUAGAAAUUACAAGACAAUACUUCACAAUCAGUUCGUUCUCAAUCUAUAAAUAAUUAACAGGCUAAUUAUUCAUACAGUAGUUGGAGAUAGAAAUGA